AUGCCGAAUCAGUCUACAUUGUUUGCUAAUAAAUCUAAUUUACAUAUGGUAGCGCAAGCUUACAAAGCUUGUCGAAUCAAAAACUACUAUAAAUCACGGAAACCAAAUCUUGCACCUAAACCUCCAUCUUUAAACACGACUGGUAAACCUAGUGUUAUGAGGGCACACAGCAUGAAGUCUCCCAGAACUCCGCCAGUGACGCCUCCGGGAUUGACACCUUUUGGAACCCUGCGUGGUUUGCCCGCAGGAUUUCAUCAGUCUCAGGACUCAAUCAAAAUGAAACCAGCGCCACCAAUUCCGCAAUCAGGCCGUCCAAGCGUACCUCCACCAAUAAGGCCCCCAGCAAAUCGGCCGCCGCCACCACCAAAUCGUUCGACAAGUAGUAACGUCGCAAAUAACGGCAAUAACAAUAACAAUCAACAACAGCAGAUUAAGCCCGCUCUACCGAGCAAACAGUCAGUUGCGGUUCAACAAAAUGUGCAAAAUUCGAGCCCUGGCAAGCCAAUGAUCAAUUUAACCUCGGGAGUAAAUAAUACGCCAAUGGGCGUUCCACCGCCACCACCUCCGCAUCGCACGCAACCUGCGCCCCAACCUCCAGCAGCUGCAGUAGCUUCGAGAACCAUUACUACGAACAAUGCUGCUCCAGUACCACCAGUUCGCAAUAGUUCAAUGAGAAACUGCAAUGGUAGUAACGGAAAUAUGUCUGCUGUUAUAUUGGAUCUAGAAACUCGUUUUUCAGACAUGUUCCAUACUGUAAAAGAUUUUCCUUUGCCCAUUCAGUUUUGUGAACUUCGCAAGACAUAUAAUAGUAAGAACCAUAUUAAACAACAAAUAAAUUCAGUGUGCAAACAACAGUCAUUCUCCAAAGCUCAAGCACCAUUACCACCGAUGCAAACUCCCACGAUUCAACUGGGCAGAAAAUUGUAUACAGAUGAUAGUACUGAUUGCUGAUCACUUUAUCUUCAUGAAAUUUGAUGAAACAUUUGAAGAAAUUUGAGGUUGUGUAAGUUUCUUAACAAUAUUCAUACUAAUUUGAAUAUAAUGUUUCUCUGAAAUAAAUAUCCAUGUUGCUUUUAUUAGGUAGAAAGAAG